GAUAUUUUUAACCUUUUCUGUGCUGUGGCUUUGGACUUUUGUAUGAUCCAAAAGGCAUUGAAUGAAUCUUUGAAAACUUUUACUCUCUCUUCUCUCUCUUCUCUUCUCUUCUAUAUUGCUUUAGCUGAGUGGAUUUUCCUAUGCUUUAUCUGCCUUGUCGGUGAUUGUUAUCAAAGCCUCAUAAAACAAUAAAUCAGGAUUUUGGAAUUGUUUUGUUGUUUUUGUUUUUUUGUUUUUGUUUUUAAGCAGAGGUUUGUGUGUAGUUAGUGGUAGUUGAAGGACACCGAUUAUCUUUGUGUUCUCCUCUGGAGUGUGUUUCGUGCGUGUGUGUGCCGACUCUGGAUCUUGAUGAGUCAUUUUUCCCGACUCGGCUCGGGAAUAGCUGAGUCGGAAACGAUUUGAGGAUCGGCUGGGCUGAGUUGUGGGAGCUUGGGUUGAUGAGCCGAGGGAGGAAGGAGCUAGGGUUUGGACUCUGUAACUGUGUGAUUUGUGGAGUUGAAGCGAUGAGCGGAAGGAAUGCUUUUUUAUUUCGAGAGUUGUAGGGUUUUUCUGCUGAGUUUCUUUCUUUCUUUUGUUUGUUGUGUUUGUUGAUGAUGAUUGAAAUUGUUGAAGUGGGGAAUUGAAGUGAAUGAAGGUUUAUGAUUUUGUGGUUUGGUUAAGAUUUUGUGGAAUUGUACGUGUUUUAGGGUUUUCUUGAAAGAGAUCGAGAGGAAAGUUCUUGUUAAAAUAUAAUUCUUGUUGUGGUUUGGAAUAGAGUGCCCGAGUCUAUCUUAGUUUGGCGGGGAAGGUCCUAUUUUUGGCUCUGCUUUGAUCGGAUGCUUCAUAAGGAAGGAGCUUUUAUGCAUUGAAGACUGUUGAUUACUAUCACAACAUUGAUUGAAAUGAUUCCAUUUUUGGGUUCAAAAGAGAAAUCAAAGGAGGCGGGGAAGUGUUUAAAUCCUCAACUCUGGCAUGCUUGUGCCGGAGGAAUGGUACAAAUGCCUCCUGUGAAUAGCAAGGUCUUUUACUUUCCCCAAGGCCAUGCUGAGCACGCAUGUGCUAGUGUGGAUUUCAGGAAUUACCCAAGGAUUCCGGCAUACAUACCCUGCAGAGUUUCUGCAAUGAAAUUCAUGGCAGAUCCUGAGAGUGAUGAGGUUUAUGCGAAGAUUACUCUGGUUCCGUUGAAUGGUAGUGAGAGUGAUUAUGACGAUGAUGGAUAUGGAAAUGGAACAGAGUCCCAAGAGAAACCUGCCUCUUUUGCAAAGACAUUGACACAAUCCGAUGCCAAUAAUGGUGGGGGCUUCUCAGUUCCACGAUAUUGUGCGGAGACUAUAUUUCCCCGCUUGGAUUACACUGCUGAUCCUCCCGUACAAAACAUCCUUGCAAAGGAUGUGCAUGGAGAAACGUGGAAAUUUAGGCAUAUUUACAGAGGGACUCCACGGCGUCAUCUAUUGACAACGGGAUGGAGCACUUUUGUUAACCACAAGAAGCUUAUAGCUGGGGAUUCAAUUGUAUUUUUGAGAGCAGAAAAUGGGGAUCUUUGUGUUGGAAUUCGAAGAGCAAAGAGGGGAAUUGGAUGUGGACCGGAAUCAUCUUCUGGUUGGAACCCAGCUGGUUGUAACUAUGUCAUGCCAUAUGGAGGAUUUUCAGCAUUCCUGAGGGAAGAUGAGAACAAAUUGACAAGAAAUGGGAAUGGUGGCAGUUCAGGCUCCAAUGGGAGUUUUUUUGGCAGGGUAAAAGUGACAGCUGAAGCCGUUAUUGAAGCUGUGAGACUUGCUGUCAAUGGGCAGCCCUUUGAGGUCAUCUAUUACCCACGAGCUAGCACGCCAGAAUUCUGUGUGAAGUCUUCAUUGGUGAAGUCAGCAUCGCAGAUCCGGUGGUGUUCUGGGAUGAGGUUCAAAAUGGCUUUUGAAACUGAGGAUUCUUCACGUAUAAGUUGGUUUAUGGGGACUAUCUCCUCUGUUCAGGUUGCUGAUCCCGUCCGCUGGCCUGAUUCACCUUGGAGGCUUCUCCAGGUGACAUGGGAUGAACCAGAUCUGCUUCAAAAUGUGAAACGCGUCAGCCCAUGGCUGGUAGAAUUGGUAUCCAAUAUGCCAUCCAUCCAUCUGACCCAUUUUUCACCACCGAGAAAGAAGUUGAGAUUCCCCCAAUACCCAGAUUUCCCCCUUGAUGCCCAAUUUUCAAUGCCAACGUUUUCCAGCAACCUUGUAGGGCCAAGUAACCCCUUUGGUUGUUUAUCCGACAAUAUUCCUGCUGGCAUGCAGGGAGCCAGGCAUGCUCAAUAUGGUUUAUCUUUAUCUGAUCCCCAUCACAAUAAAUUUCAGUCAGGUCUGUUUUCAGCAGCUUUCCCACAGCUCGAUCAUCCUGCCACACCCCCUAAAGCCUCCAAUGAUUAUGUUAGUCGCAAACGUAGCUGCAGUGAAAAUGUUUCUUCCUUGUUAACCAUUGCACAAUCUACAGAGACUUCAAAGAAAUCCGAUGAUAGAAAGACAGGAUUUACACUUUUUGGUCGACCAAUACUAACUGAGCAACAGAUGUCCCAAAGCUGCUCUGGUGAUACGGUCUCACCAGUUAUUACUGGGAAUAGUUCAUCAGAAGGGAAUCAAGAUAAGAUGGCAAAUUUUUCUGAUGGUUCUGGAUCUGCACUUCAUCAACAUGGCCUUCCAGAGCACUCAUCCUGUGAAGGGUACCAAACAUACAAGGUUAAUCACCGUGAAACCGAGCCCAACUUGGAGACUGGUCACUGUAAGGUUUUCAUGGAAUCUGAGGAUGUGGGUCGCACUCUUGAUCUUUCAUUACUUACAUCUUAUGAUGAAUUAUGCGGCAAGCUGGCAAAAAUGUUUACUAUAGAAGAUUCUGAGAUGCGGAACCAUGUGCUCUAUAGGGAUGCAACUGGUGCAGUCAAACAUAUCGGCGAUGAACCAUUUAGUGACUUCACAAAAACAGCGAAAAGGUUGACAAUUUUAAUGGAUUCAAGCAGCGACAAUGUAGGAGUGUACAGAAAAUAAGAAACCUCAAUUGUCAAAUGUACAGCUGGAUGACCAAAUCCUUUGUUCCAUGCUGACCUUUUUAUCCUUCCUAGGGUUGGGGAGAUGGGGAGCUCGUUUGAUGCAGUUUUGGACUUUCCAGUAUAAAGCCUCCCAGAUUAUUGUUUUUUCCACAACUGAGGAAGCAAUCUUUGAAUUUUGGAAUUUCCCUUAAAAUAAAUGCAUUAGUUCAAUCAGCAAAUUUGUUGGUAGUCUGUUCUAUUGUAUUAUUCAGACAAUGCUUACAAAUACAAGUUAACAAGUGCUUGGGUCGAAAGGCUUUUGAGAAUGAAAUUAAUGCAUACAAGUCUUCUAAGCAAA